AUAAAAUUUACAUAUGUGCUUUAGAAUAGGAAAUUUUGAUUAUGUUGAAAGAAAAAAAUUGCCUGUACUUUCAUUGUUAGACAAACGGAAAUGACACAACUAUGUAGGGCGCCAUAUUUGAUUUAACAACGAUGUCAAUGUGCUUUGGUCCAUGUUUGUGCAUUGUCGAGUUUUUGCCUUAUAUAUGUUUAGUGACACUUCCAUUGUAUGGCGCGUUUUGUGGAGUAGAUGUUAUAUUAAGAUUGUCAUUACUAUUGUAUAUUCAUUCUCUUGUUGUAAACUACAUACCUAAAGUUUUGUAUUCCGUGAUUCCUUAUCUUGAGCUAUGUCUGUUGGCUGGUCUGCUAUUGUUGCCCAUCAACCUGACCCCGGUACCGCUCAUAUGGCUGUAUGACAAGUUGAUAUGGCUGGCCGAACCUGUCUUACUGUUGGCAGAGGUUGUCCUGGCUCAGAACUUUGUCAUGCGGUGUAGUCAACGUGUUGCAGACAACAUUGAUGAUGAUGAUGAAAAUGCACCAAAAUGGAAGGCUCUUGUCAUCGUCUUCUCAUUGAUCUGUUACUUCAUAUGUAUAUGGCUAGUGGUAAACUUCUGUCUAGAAUCAACUUCCAUACAGUUAUGGCUGGUGUUUUUGGUUCUGGUUGUCUUGAUAACGAUGCACAACAUGAUGUGGAUGGCGCCUCAGACAGGCAUUGUGAGUGAUGCAGCAUUCUGCAGUCUGUGUAGUAUCGUUGUGCUGUACGCCAUGAUCGAAGAAACCAGACAUGUCCGUCAACCUCUUAAUGUGCCCACUGCAUGGAACAAAUCCUACAGCAAGUCAUUUGUAGAUGUCUUUUAUUCCAUUGCCUACAUGAGUGCAGAGAGUGCUACCAAGGCCGUGCUUUUCAUGAAGAAGUUUUUAUCUCCAUUCUUCCUCGUUACAGUCGGUAUCCGACUUUACAGCAUCCUCUUUAUAGUGGACAGAGUUACCAAGAACUUCUUUCAAGACCAGGAUGACAUCGACAUCAUGACAGAGGAAGAAGAAAUAGAGUUGUCUUACCUGUUGCCAUGGAAAUCUCCACUGAUGCUGAAAGUGGCUGUGAUUUUCAUGUUUACGCAGCUGACGACGGUGUUCCUGUCUGAGUGUAGUGGACUCUUCCUUACCAAAGUGUCGUGGUUACCAUUUACUGGGGCCAUCUGGCCAAGGGAGAUCAUUCUUGGCAGAAUCUUACAAAUAGUGGCAGCUAAUAGUUUUUAUAUGUGGAGGUUAUACCGAGCUGAUGACUGGACAUGGUCGGAAUGGCUAACAUCAGAUGAUAGAUAGCCAUUUUACUAGGAUUGCUGAUUGUUAUUUGUUUUAAUAAAUACUACCAUUAAUAAUAAGUGUAGAUUUCUUGUGACCAGGUAACCAGUUUUCAUAGAUGAAUAUAUAUAAAGAUUUGCAACUGAAAAGUAUUCAGGUCCUGAUCUAGAAUUGAAAAAGUAGGAGCAGUGACGUCUUGCUUCCCAGAAGAAAGGGGAGCAGUUUGAUCAAAAUAGGUGAAACAAACACUUACCGGUACAUUUCGUAACAUUUCGCCAUUCGGGAACAUUUUGAAUUAUACACUAAGUUCUAAUCAUAAUAUUUCAAUAUAAAAUACUACUACUUCUGGUAAUAAAAUGUAAACAAAACAAUCACACGAUUAUUAUUAAGUAGUUGACUCUUGUCUUUGGCUAUCUUAAGACAAAUGGAGGGAUUAAAAAGUAUAUAUUGUUGGGUGGCAUUGGGGUAUUUUAUUUCAAUUUACAUGUACAAUGUUUGAUAUGUCUAUUCUAUGACCCUGUUUUGUUAAAAAGCUGUUGUACAUGAUUUUAUAUAAUAAAAAAUAUAUAUUGAUAAUAAUUUAAUAAUUAGUGACAUGUCAGUAAAGAAAUCUACUUUAAAACUAUUUUCAUGUUUGUUACUUUACAUAUACAUGAAAUAUUUAUAUAAAUUAUAUCCUUUUUGUUUGGAUUAUGUAUUGUAAUAAUUUUCCAUGAAAUGUUAUUUUGUAUAGAGA